AUGGCCCAAGAGUUAGGAAAUUUAGAACAGUCAAGACUCGACGCUUACAAUUCGAUGCAAGCUCAGGAACAUAUGGCGCCAAGGGUCUACAACAAAAAGGUCAAGCAAAAGACCUUCGCCGAGGGCGACCUGGUACGGCGCACCGUGCUUCCUAUUAUGACUAAAAACCCACGGAUAGGCGCGUUUUCGCCGAGCGGGAAGGGUCGUUCAUCAUCAAACGAGUUCUCAGCCGCGGCGCAUUCCAAUUAA